CAUGCGGACUGCUAUAUGAUAUGGCACACAGAGAUUCCCUUCCUCUUUCCAGCUCGGCCAGCUACCAUCAUGGCUGCUCAACAAAACUACGUUCAGGUUUUUGGACGCAAGAAGACGGCCACUGCCGUUGCCUUCUGCAAAGCUGGCAAUGGUAUGAUUAAGAUCAAUGGUGUCCCUUUGGACUUGGUCUCACCUCAGUCGCUCCGAUACAAGGUCAAGGAGCCUGUCCUAUUGUUGGGCAAAGAAAAAUUUGAGGGAGUCGACAUUCGCGUCCGUGUCCGUGGUGGUGGUCAUGUUUCCCAGAUCUAUGCCAUCCGUCAGGCAAUUUCAAAGUCACUGGUCGCAUACUACCAGAAGUUCGUCGACGAGGCAAUGAAGAAGGAGAUCAAGGACAUCCUCACACAGUACGACCGAACCCUGUUGGUGGCUGAUCCACGCCGAUGCGAGCCCAAGAAGUUUGGUGGUCCAGGUGCUCGUGCUCGCUACCAGAAGUCCUACCGUUAAUCUUCAUUUUGUUAUACUGGCAAACGCUGGUGUUUCAAUAAAUAUUGGAAAAGAG